AUGAGAACACCGCCGACCGAAAAUCCAGCUCUAGCAGGUGCAAUGGGAGGAGGGCAAUACACGAUGUUCCCAGGAACGAAGAAGCAAAAAGCGGAUCGUAGUGACAAAGCCGAGGGAAAAGAUCGGCGGAGAAGAAAAUCUGAUUUGAGAUCGUGGAGGACAAAUGCGUUGGAAGCGAUCCCUAGUGAUGUGUCGUUCCUCGGCUAUUACGAUGACGCUCGGCUACAGGAAAUGGCCGAGACUAUGCGAUCAGAAGCUGCCGACAAGCAGAAUAAUCAAAUAUGCUAG